UGGAAGACGGAGUAGCAUCUGAGAUUCAUUUGGCCACUGCGCUGCUACUUUCCCCUUCUUUGCUUCCACCCGACAGGAAAGAAAUUCAACAUGUUUUUUAGCUGAGACAAUCCUAGCUGGGCCAAGCAUAAGAAGAAAGGGCACUGUUGAAAGGAAACCAAAAAGCAAGGACCCGAAUGAAAGCAUGAGGUGGCUCUUGGGCAGCAGCUGGAAGAAAUUUGGACAUGCGGACAGGGGAAACUAUGACUGGUUAACUAGUGAGCCAGAUGUGCCAUUGCCGGAAACACAACUACAGAGCCAACAUAAAAUAAGCUCAACCAAAGAAGAUAUCGAGCCAUUCUUAUGCAUCAUCCUGCCGGCUACUAUGAUGCUCUUCCUGGCAUUCCUGUUGCUAUUCCUCUACAGACGCUGCCAACGUCGCAACCCUCAGGCUCAGAUCUUUAGUAUUGACCUCCCAGAGUCCCUUCCAGAACAUGAGGUGACUGACUUCCUCUCAGUGCUGCCCUGGAGUAGUGAGCAGAGUUUUCACUACUCUACUCUUCCUCCUGAAACUGCCUUUCUCACCGUGUGCUUGCCUCCAUCGUAUGAGGAGGCCACCAUGAAAGCCUCCAUGGAAGAAGAACACAUCCAGCUCUUUCAGGAUCCAGUGCCUCCUUAUGAAGAGACCAAACAACAGUAAACACAUGGAAAUACCUUUGGUCAAAGUUCUCAGCAAGCUAUGGGCUUAAAAAACAAGCAAAACUCCAAAUAAGGGAAUAGCUAAAAGCACAAAGAAGCUUCUACUGAUUAAUAUGUUUAAUUAU